ACAAACCCCGGGAUUGCAGGCUCAACCCUACCGACAGGCUGCAACGUCCCCCCCACCUUCAGCAAGUACCCCAGCACCCUCUUCUCUGCGGCCUCCCCUCCCCCACGCAGGCUCCGCACGCCUCCUCUGGUGUAGCGAGGCACUGCGUGCUGUGCGGUCGGGGGGAGGCAGUGCAGACCGCCGCGGGCUCCGGGCCUAGCGCUGUGUGUGUGUGAUGAGGGGCAGGCGCACGGUUAGUGCCUGCACAGGAUGGAUGAAGCCUGUGAUCUAGACAGGCUCGGCAGUGGCCGCCUGACCUAUUUUAACUCCUUGGAUCCAAAUGCCCAGCACAAACGGUACGCGGUGGAUCGAAGUAUGCUGGAGCCAGUGAACGGGUGCCCAGUGCCGCGCAAUCAGCUGCCGCAGACUAACCCGCAGGGUUAUAGUCAAGAAUCUUCUUCCGAUUACAAUCCGCUGCGGCGGCUCCAAGACAUCGCCUCCAUGAUGAAUAUGGACGGCGUGAACGGAUCGCACAAUAGGGACAGGCGAGCGUCCGAACCGAGUCCGCAGCCUUACUUUUAUAAUCAGAGCGAACCACCAAUUCAUCCCACAGGAGCAGAUCCUUCACGCCACUAUACACCAGACAUUCCUUUGAAAUCCUGUAAACCUUUAAAAAAUGGAAUGCACCCCUUUAAUACGUUUUGUCAUGUGGAACCAGAAUAUAACAUGGAACAUCUAAAUUACGGACUGGAGGAAUCUGGCUUUGGUAUGCAUUUGCCUGUUUACAGACAACACCCCCCGGCAUUGGAAAAUAUUGGGGCGGCUACAUCAAAAAUAAGUGCACCUCCAGACUUUGGAGCAGAUUUGGAGGAUUUGGUCCAGCUAGAUUGGGCUAACGAUGGUGAAAAUCAAAUGGAAAAUAAACCUCUUCCGAGAAAAACGUCUUUCUUAGCAAUGAUCCAAGAUUCUGAAAUAUCAAAUGGAACCCACUCAAGUACAAUUUCAGACACUCUUUUAGAUGGUGGAAUGGAAGAAAGUCCACCAUCACAGGUGGAUAAUAGACUAAGCGGGCAAGGGCCCCUUUCCAUAAUAAGUCCAGAAGAAAAGUCCUUGUCUCUGGAAGAUGAGCUGGAAGAUUUUGAUACUAGUCAUGAACUUUCUCCAAACUCCUCGGAAUUACAACGACACCCGAGGAGGAAAAAAGCUGCUUCUGUAGUCUAUGAAGAAGGGGACAUUGUGUGGGCAAAGUUCAGUCGACGCCCUUGGUGGCCAUGUAAGAUCUGUGCUAUACCUCCUCAGGAAGAAAAAGGUGCAUCUACUACAAAGUCACCACGACGAUAUUAUGUGGAAACCUUGGGGGAACUAACGGAGAAGAUUUGGGUGACCGCAAAAGCAGUUGUUCCAUUCAAAGGUGUUUAUCAGUUUGAAGAAUUACCCGAUUCAAAACCGUCUCCAAAGGAAGGUUGUAGCAAACCGAAGAUUCCAUCAAAACUUCUUCCACUGUGGCAGUCAAGUAUUGCUCAUGCCCAGGAUUUCCUUGCCAAGACAGAGUAUGGGGAUGUUGUACAGUUUGCAAGUCCAACAGACCAACAGCCACAUUAUGGUGGAAAGAAUUUCACUGGAACAAUCGGUGUAUUGAAUGGUUUUGUAAAAUCUCACCUGCCCAACAGUGUCCCUUCUCCUUGCACUAACACUGAUUCUGUAAAGAAAAAACAUGGUAUAAGCCGAAAGCCUUUAAAUAAGAACUCUCCUAAGACCAAACACUUAGGGGAAGACUAUGUUGCCUCUAAGCAAGCUGUCUCUCCUGAUUCUUGGUCUAAUGAGACCAGUGAUGAAAAGAUUAAAAUGCCACCAUCUCAGAGAGAAAGUAGUGAUCUCAAACAAGUAUUUAAUGAUCCUCAUAGCCUUAGAGAAAGAAGCAACAGUACUGGACUACUGGAGCAAGACAAAUGUUUAAUGGACAAGCAGUUUCAGAGUGAUCAUGCUGAAUCUGCCAAGUCUUUAAAUAAACCAGCUGUGUCUUCAACAACAGAUAUACUUAAAAAUGAACUAGACACCCUUAAUCAAUUUCCAAUACAAAGUGCUGGCUCAGAAGUGGAGAUUUCUGCAGGAAAUAUAAAAAACAAGAAACGCGUUAGAGAUUGUUCAUUAUCCAGCCUUAUAAGUGCUAAUAAGAAACCUUCCAGAUCCAAAGACUAUUCAGACUGCAGCAAAGAGAUGUCGCCAAAUAAAUUGGCUGCACCAGAGUCUCCUGGGGAAUCCCAAAAACCAAUAUUGGCAAAUCAUACAAUCGGCAAAGGUCGCCAUUCUCUGAAUAAUUUGACUAGGCCUCUAAAUGUUGCAAGCCAGUCCUGCACAGCAGGUGAAAACUUGCAUGAACAUUGCAGUAAGGACUCCAAAAAUUCUCCUAAAUCGCCUAUUAGGCCUGGGCGCACAGAAAUGUCCUAUGAAUUGAAUGAAAGGUCUAGUGAUCCUUUAGAGAAGGAGCAGCCCAGUAGGAUAAGCAGUGAUCAUGCUGAAAACACAACCUCAAAACCUUCAACGCCCUUGCUCUUCCCGUCUGCUCCUGAUCAAAGUAGAAUUCCUAUGGAGCCUGACUAUAAAUACAGCAACCUGCUGAUGAAGCUUAAAGAUCUUCAUGAUACCAAAGCGAAGGAAAGAAAGCUCAUGACUGGAAAAAACACCUCUUCGGUGUGUAGCCCUACACAAUGUUCUUCUGAAAGUGGCUCAGAUAAGGUACACAAGCCAGCAGUAGAGGGUGGACUGAAGCAAGAGCUUGAAAAUGCCAGUGCUGAUGCAAAGGAUAGUUCUUUUGCUCAGUCUGGUGCACAAAACCCCUGUAGCUCGACAAGCAAAUUGGAUGGGUUGGUAAAUAUUACUACAGUACCUCGUCCAAACAAAAGAUUUACAAAGCCCUGCAUUCUGCAGAAGAGACGAGCUAGGACAACAGAAGAUGUGAAUACAAAUGACAAAACUGCUUCUCGGAAAGAGAGUAUGUCUUCAGAAUGCGUGGACCAACCUUUGGUAGGAAGGAGUCCUGAUGGGGCAAAGCUGGGCACUUCUCCCAACAGUAAUGCAUCGUCUCAGAAUGACACACUAAUAAAAGAAAAUAUGGAAACUGUAUCAAGUAAUUCUUUUGCACAGUCAAAUUCUCAAAAUGAUGCACAAACCUGCCAAAGCGGCACAACUGAAAUGAUUCCUUGUGGCAAGGAUACUGAAGCAGAUUCAAGACUUAACAGAGUGAACUCGGGUUCGGUUGAGCCAGAUGAUAAUUGUCUCGCGCCCAAAAAACGCUGGCAGAAGUUUGACCGUGCUAGUGAAGAAAACUACAGUGAAGGUUCUUUGAAGGAUUGCACUCCGCCACCCACUAAUCUGAGUGACAAAAGCAAAGCUCCAAGCCUUUCUGUCACAGCACAACAUGACCCACCACGACGAGGAGCUAACUGGAGUAAGAAAUACAAGAGAUCUAGAAAAAGAGGCAGGAACUGUGCAGAUGAACACUGGACGUCCGGUGCCCCAAAGAAAAGGAACUGCAGACAGCCUGCAGCUUCUUCACAGCAUGAACUCACCAAAGAGAAAGCCAAGCUGGGUCACCCUAAUAAAACAUGGAGUGAGCCUGCUGAUAAGAGCACUAAACUUUCACACUCAAGUGGAGAUUCGAAAGAUGGCAAGUUUUCUAGAAUGGCUAGCCAAGUUACCAUAAAAACGGAACCUAUUGAGGAAUCGGAUUGCUGCACUACUCCUUCUCCAGUCAAGCCAGCAAACUGUGGAAAUAGACGCAAAAGUAAACUUAUUCCAAGAGUGUGUGACUUUGAUGACCUGGAUGCUCAACUUGGCAUUAAAGAGGAAGAGGAGGAGGAGGAGGCAAUUUUCCCUAAAGCUAAGCCUGCCAUUGCUCUAUCACUGAAGAAACCUCUGAAACGUAUCCGGUACCGAAAAGCAAGCAGUAGGCUCACUGAAAAACGGAAGAAGAAGAAGAAACGGUUAAGACUUGCUAGCAAAAUCAAGAAGGAAAAGAAUCUGUCCUCUCGGGAAUCUUCUCAUUCUGAGGGUGAAAGUAAUGAUAUGGGUGCAGCUAGUCCAAGUGACACUGCUGAGGAGGGACUAGAUCAAGAUCAUGGAGGACCUUCUAAGAAGAACUUUGAACGAGGUGGAGGUGGAGCAGCCAUGAAAGAGAAUGUGUGCCAGGUCUGUGAGAAGCCAGGGGAACUGCUGCUGUGCGAGGCCCAGUGUUGUGGAGCAUUUCACUUGCACUGCCUUGGACUGAGUGGCAUGCCUCGGGGAAAGUUCAUCUGUAGUGAGUGCUCUUCAGGUGUCCAUUCAUGCUUUGUGUGCAAGACCUCUGAUUCAGAGGUGAAACGCUGCUCUCUAGCUCUGUGUGGGAAGUAUUAUCAUGAGAACUGUGCUUUCAAUUAUCCUCCCACCUUACAGCUGAAUAAAGGCUUCCGCUGUUCCCUGCAUGUCUGCACCACCUGCCAUGCCAACAAUCCCAGCCAUCCCUCAGCUUCUAAAGGUCGAUUGAUGAGAUGCGCCCGUUGCCCGGUUGCCUAUCAUGCCAAUGAUUUCUGUGUGGCAGCAGGAACGGUUACCCUUGCUUCUAACAGCAUUAUUUGCCCUAACCACUUUACUCCACGUAGAGGAUGCAAAAACCACGAGCAUAUCAAUGUUAGCUGGUGCUUUGUGUGCUCUGAGGGUGGAAGUCUCCUUUGUUGUGAAUCUUGUCCAGCUGCUUUUCAUCGUGAGUGUCUUAACAUCGAAAUGCCAGAGGGAAAUUGGUUCUGCAAUGACUGUAAAGCUGGCAAAAAACCUCAUUAUAAGGAAGUGGUGUGGGUGAAGGUUGGGAGAUACAGAUGGUGGCCAGCUGAGGUUUGUAAUCCGAAGAGCAUUCCUACAAACAUCCAAAAGAUGAAGCAUGAUAUUGGAGAGUUUCCCGUUUUGUUUUUCGGGUCAAAGGACUAUUUGUGGACCCACCAGGCUAGAGUCUUUCCAUAUAUGGAAGGAGAUGCCCUCAACAAAGAUAAAAUGAGCAAAGGAGUGGAUGCUGUCUACAAAAAGGGGCUAAUGGAAGCUGCAGAGAGGUUUGAAGAACUGAAAGCACAGAAAGAAAUGAGACAGCUGCAAGAGGAAAAGAAAAAUGACAAAAAGCCUCCACCCUAUAAGCACAUUAAAGUAAACAGGCCAAUUGGGAAGGUUCAGAUCUUAACAGCUGAUUUGUCAGAAAUCCCUCGUUGCAACUGCAAGGAAACAGAUGAUCACCCAUGUGGGCAGGACUCUGAAUGCAUUAACCGCAUGCUGCUAUAUGAAUGCCAUCCUUCAGUUUGCCCAGCUGGCGAACACUGCCAGAAUCAGGCCUUCUCCAAACGUCAGUACCCACAAGUGGAGAUCUUCCGAACUCUGAGCCGGGGCUGGGGAUUACACUGCAAAACCGAUAUAAAAAAGGGUGAAUUUGUUAAUGAAUAUGUGGGCGAGAUGAUUGAUGAAGAGGAAUGUCGAGCUCGCAUCCGCUAUGCUCAGGAACAUGAUAUCAUAAAUUUCUACAUGCUAACUCUAGACAAGGACCGUAUCAUUGAUGCUGGGCCAAAGGGAAAUUUUGCACGCUUCAUGAACCACUGCUGCCAGCCAAACUGCGAGACUCAAAAAUGGACCGUUAAUGGUGACACUCGAGUGGGACUUUUUGCCUUGUGUGACAUUAAAGCUGGAACAGAAUUAACAUUCAACUAUAACUUGGAGUGUCUCGGAAAUGGAAAGACAGUGUGUAAAUGUGGUGCACCAAACUGCAGUGGUUUUCUAGGAGUCAGGCCUAAGAACCAGCCAGUGUCUGAAGACCGGGCCAGGAGGAAGUAUGUGAAGCGAACAAAGAAUGAGGUGGUAAAGGAGCAUGAAGAUGAAUGUUUUAGCUGUGGAGAUGGAGGACAGCUUGUUUCAUGCAAAAAAACAGGUUGCCCCAAGGUUUAUCAUGCUGACUGCUUAAGUUUAACACGUAGACCUGCUGGAAAGUGGGAAUGUCCAUGGCAUCAGUGUGACAUUUGUAACAAGGAGGCAGCUUCCUUCUGUGAGAUGUGCCCCAGCUCCUUUUGCAAAAUUCACCGUGAGGGAAUGCUCUUCAUCUCCAAGCUUGAUGGAAGAUUAUCCUGCACUGAGCAUGACCCAUGUGGGCCUAAUCCUUUGGAGCCAGGUGAAGUUCGUGAGCCAGACUCCUCUUCUAGCAGAAAGAGUGAUCCGAUCCAGCCACCUUCUGCCACAAAAGCUGCAGCGGACAGUCCCAAGGAGAAGUCUCCUUCGUCAAUCGACAAGAAAAGCAAACUAACGAAAGUGUUGCUGAGUCCGUCUUUAACUGGUCCUCAAGAAUCUCUAUUCCUGGCUCUAGGGGAAAAUGCAAAGCCUACUGGAAAGGUUUUAGUUGGGUGUUCAGAUAAAAUGUCUUUGUCUGCUGGCAAAAUACUUUUGACCACUGCAGGGCAGAAGUCUUCCACUGGUAGAAAGUUGAUUCUGGCCUCCACUGCACAGAAGUCAUUGCCUCCUGGAAAGGUGUUGUUGGCAUCUUUGGGGAAGAAAUCUCUAACUACUGGGAAGCUUUUGUUGGCCUCUAUAGGAAACAAAAGUCUAUCUUCUGGGAAGGUACUGCUAACCCCUGUUGGAAAGAACUCUUCACCAGUUGGUCGAGUGCUGCUAUCUUCUACAGGAAAACAUGCAGGGAAAGUUAUGUUGGCUUCAGCUGGAAAGCUAACAGCAGAGGCGGGGAAGGUGCUCUUGACUGCUUCUGUAAAACACCAGGCUGUUACAGGGAAACCUGUUUUAGUUGAUGGAAAAGUUCUAGCUGGCAAAUCUGAUCAUGUAAAAGAAGGCAAGCUUGAGUCACAAUCUAGCAGUGCACCUCAACCUCGUAGGACACCACCCCUUGAUACCUCUGUAGAUAAAUGUAAUGCUCCUUUGAAGAAAAAAUUUACUCUAAUCACACUUAAACAGCCAAAACAUCCCUGCCAAAAAGUGACCAUUGAUUUAACGAAAGAGAGGCCUGGACAUGUUAAUCAUCACAAUGGCUCAAAUGGCAAAGCGCAGUCUAAGACUUCUUCCCAGAGAUCACACAACCAUACAUCUCAGGAGGAACCAAGCACCCCUGAAGGAACAUUGUCUAUGGCAAAAACAGGAGAUAGAUCUGAGAGCUCAGAGCACCUGAAGAAACCUGUAAAUUGUUCACAAACAUCAGCCACUACUUCUAAAGACCAAACUAGGAUCGCCAAAGAGGGGCCUCAUUCUGUAUCUGGUAAAACUUCCAUGCCAGCACCCUACAACAGCUCAGAAGAGAAAUCUUUGCCAUCUAUAGACUGCAUCAAUGAAACAUCUCUCUCUGAUCAAGAAGAGGCAGGUGUUUCUGGUGAGCAGAAACUUGCUACAAAGUGCAAGGUGCAAAACCCUUCUAACGCCUCACAAGGUCUUGUGUGCUCUGCACCUGAAAACCAGUGACAUGUAGAAAUUCAAAUUGAACUUGUGCCUCAUCAUGUAUUGAAAAAGUGCAAAGCAUUGUGUGGACUUAGCUGCCAUGACUGUAUAGAAAAUAGAUGCAGUGUAAUUCCACUGUGAACACAGCAUGCAGACUGUUACAUUUUGAUUUGCUUUUAGCUGAUGAUAUUUUGCAGAUCGACUUGGUCAAUUUCAUUACUGAGGGUGAACUGCUCAAGUCUCGUCACUAAUUAAGGAUUAACGUGUUCCUGAAAUGACUAGGACAACUGUUUUGUCCUUUUUAAGAGGCCGUGGCCUAUUAAAACAGCAAUAAGGCACUUCUGGCAAUGUUUUGCGUCUACAAACAAUAGUCUGGAGCUUGGCAGCAGAGAAAUAGAGAGGUGCCUUAUUACAAUGAUAUGUAGUAUUUUAAACUGAGGAUUUUUAGGAAACUUUUAAAGUCAGUGGACCUCAAAAUUGGAUGUGUGUUCUUUGGGUGAGGAGUUCCAUUGGUGCUUAGUAGUAUUGGUCUCUUCUUGAUCUGUCACUGCAUGCCUGCUUUUCUCACUAUAAAAAUCAGAUCUUUUGUAAUGUAUACUUUACUGUUAAUGCUUAUUUACACUUAUUUGGGUUUAUUGAAGUAUGCUACUGCAGUAUUAAGCAUUAACAUGAGCCCUGCUAUUGAACCAGGCAGAUCCCUUAAUGCAGCCUUGUAACAAAGGUUGCUAAAGUUCUAAGAGAUACACUUUAAACUAGUAGUGAGCAAUACAUGGGGUAAUAGACACUAUAUCCUGGCUAAUUGGGUUUUUAAUUAGCCCUAGACAAUUCUUAU